UCAGGCACAAUCACUGCUGUGCUUUCCUGGUGCCGUGCCGAGCGCCGAACGCCGAGCCGCGUCCGCCGAGCCGAAGGUGGCCGAAGGAGCCGAAGGCACGUCGUCCGGCUUCCACUUUUGGCGCCAAAAGUGCGGUCGCGCCCAACAGCAAUUUGGCGGGAAGGUUGGCCCGGGAAAGGAUCGCGCUUGUCGCAGGGAAAAUGGGAGGCCAGCAGCGGAGAAGGAAAACGGCACGGAAUCGACUCUGCAGACCGGUGACGUUGGUCUGCAUACUCUCCGCUAUCUGAGGAACACCCCGAGCUGUCGUCCUCGUCAAAUUUUAGAAAGCGCCGCCAUCAUCCAGGAUGCCGCAGCGCAGGUCCUCGGGGGCGAGGCGGGCGUCCGCCGGGGCCAGCCCCCCGGAGUCGCCGUCCUACGAGUUCCUGGGCAACCAGAAGCUGACCCCGCGCGCGGUGGCGCGACUGUCCCUGGCUCAUGUCGAGGCCGGCGGCCUCCGCGGCGGUCCCGGGGCCCCCGCCAACCGCAACACCAGGGGCGGCUGGAACAACCAGCUGGACUUCUUGUUCUCGUGCAUCUCGGUGUCCGUGGGGCUGGGCAACGUCUGGAGGUUCCCGUACCUCUGCUACAAGAACGGUGGCGGGACCUUCCUGCUGACGUACUUCGUGGCCAUGGUCUUCUGCGGCAUCCCCAUGUUCUUCCAGGAGGUGGCGCUGGGCCAGUACCUCGGCGCGGGCGGCAUGACGCUGGUCGGCACACUGUGCCCCCUCCUCAGAGGCACCGGCUACGCCACCAUGGCCAUCGUCUUUCUCCUCGACGUGUACUACUGCGUCAUCGUGGCGUGGACGCUUUUCUACCUUAUCGCAACCUUCACCAAGCUCCCCGGGCUGCCCUGGGAAACUUGCGGUAACUGGUGGAACACGGCGCGGUGCUCGACGGGCGCCAACGGCACGGCCCUCGGAGUGAACACGUCCAUGGUCCUGGAGGACAUGGAGGGCUUCGAGAUCCUGGCCAACGCGACCAACCGCAGCACGCCGGUCGAGGAGUUCUGGGAUCGGCGCGUGCUGCAGCUCACGGCCGGCCUGGAGGACCUGGGCGGCAUGCAGUGGGAGCUGCUGGGCUGCCUGCUGCUCGGAUGGCUGCUCGUGUACCUCAUCAUCUGCCGCGGCCUCCACGAGAGUGGCAAGAUCGUGUGGUUCACGGCGCUGUUCCCGUACGCCAUCAUGCUGGUGCUGGCGGGGCGCGCGCUCACGCUGCCCGGCGCGCUGGACGGGCUGGUGUUCCUGGUUGUGCCGGACUGGGGGGCGCUGCUGUCGGCGGGGCCCUGGAUCGACGGCGCCACGCAGAUCUUCUUCUCGUACUCCAUCGGCGUGGGCACGCUCCCCGCGCUCGGCUCUUACAACGCCUUCCACCACAACUGCCACAAGGACGCCAUCAUCACGUGCGUGGUGAACAGCGUGACGUGCUUGCUGGCCGGCGGCAUCACCUUCUCCAUCCUGGGCUACAUCGCGCACGUGCAGGGCGCGCGCGUCGCCGACGUCGUGUCCAGCGGCCCGGGGCUCGUGUUCAUCACCUACCCGGAGGUGGUGCAGCAGCUGCCGGGGGCGCCGGCCUGGGCCUUCAUCUUCUUCUUCAUGCUGCUGAUCCUCGGCGUGGACAGCGAGUUCUGCAACGUGGAGUCGUUCGUGACCGGCCUGGUGGACCGCUGGCCGCAGCAGCUGCAGCCCAGGAGGGGCGUCUUCACGCUGGCCGUGUGCGCCCUCAUGUUCCUCCUGGCCAUCCCUAUGGUGUCCCAGGGCGGCAUGUACGUGUUCCAGCUGAUGGACAUGUACGCCGCGUCGGGCAUCUCGCUGCUCUGGGUGGCCUUCUUCCAGACCGUCGCAGUGUCGUGGGUCUUCGGCGUGGGCAGGUUCGCCAAGUGCGUGCACGAGAUGACGGGCGUCAACCCCGGGCCCUUCUGGCGCCUGUGCUGGCUGGUGCUGGCCCCCGCCGUCAUGCUGGGCAUCUUCGUCUGGUCCGUGGUCCAGUACGUGCCCAUCCGCUACGGCAACUACGACUACCCCGCGUGGGGCGAGGCGCUGGGCCUGCUCGUGUCCUCCUUCUCCAUGGUCUGGAUCCCUGGCUACGCCGUGUUCUUCAUGCUCACGGCCAAGGGCAGCUUCAUGGAGGCGGCUAUCUAGUGGUCAAGGGGGGGCAGUUGUCCUUUAGCCCCCUCCCCCCUCCCUGGAUCCGCGCUUGCUAUGCGCGGAUGUGCGUCUACAUCUUUAAGCCUCAGGUAACAUGACAUCACCGGCCGACUCAAUCCUAAUCGGUUUCAAGUGACCCUCGUGCAUGACGAAUGACUCUGAAGUGUGAAGUCUGUGUAGAUAGAUUGCAGGUGCCGGCAAGAAGCAGGGGAAGUCGCCUCUCGGACCACAAGCUGAGUUAACGCAUUUAGACCGCUUCAAAGUGGUGAGCAACCCUCAAAUGGAGGUUGAGCGGCGAGCGGUGGCGGUGCAGGCAAGGCAGACGACUCAGACGACGCAGACCUUGGUCUUGGCUUAUCUCGGAGACGCCGCAGCGCAGUGCGCCGCACAGUGGGCCAGAAGACCGGUG